GGAGUAGUCUGACACAGGCGAUUGAGUCAACUCCGCCAUUUCUGUGUUUUUUAUUCUUCUUUCUUAGCUCUUUUUCCCUCUCCUAGUUAGCCUUCGCUUUCAGUAACGGACAACAUACAUCGACUCUCUUUCACUAUAUAUAUAAACAUCUUCAAAAAUUGUCUUCUAUUCCCUAUCAGGUAUCUUUCUCUCUUUUAGGUUUUUUUCCUCCGUGCUCUCACCUCAAAAAAUAACAUCAACGUUGAGGAAAGCCAAGCGUAAACACAGGCGGGUUUUCAUUGCUGUCAGAGUCUCUUUUUGAUCGUCUUCGACAGGGUUACACAGCACCUACUUCUCUGAAGAAUCGAACGCAGUGGCGACAUCAUUGUUAACAGCUGUUCCUGCUUGCUGGUGUGAAGUUGCUUUCCUUCUCUUGUUGCUAGUGAUAUAGAUAAAUAUUACUAUCAUUUACCUUCGCUACAAUGUCGUAUCGCGAUCUCAUUGAGAUGGGUCCGCACCAUUACAUGCUGAGCCCCCGCCACCCGCUCUCGAAGGGACUGACCAACGCGGCUCAGUUCACCUGCCUGACGGCGGCGCAGCCGAAGCAAAUACCGCGGCUGUACGACGUGAGCAGCAUUACCAUGAACCCGAAGCUCUUUCACACGCUUAUGCACUUCCUCGCCAACCGCUACCUCUCCAUGGGCAAGAAAGGGCCGACGCACGUUCUCGGGAUCGAGACGCGUGGCUGCUUCAUCGCGGCGCCGCUCGCCUUCCUGCUCGACCUGCCCUUCGUGCCGAUGCGGCGGGAGGACAUCUCGGAGAUCGAAUUCGUCUCCGACGGCGAGGACAAGCCGCCGUCGCGGCCGAUUGGCGUCAAAGAAGGCAGCAUUGACAAGAACUCGCGCGUGCUGAUAGUGGACGACUACAUUUCGACCGGCAAUACGAUGGACUCCGCUAUGGAUUGCGCGGUGAUUGCCGGUGCGACGAUUGUGGAGGUGGUGGCGAUGUGCGACACGUCCGCUGGCGGCGGUGUGGAGUUGAUCCACAAGGAGAAGACCUUCACAAACAUUAACGUUGUCACGCUGUUCCGCUUGCGCAACGCGCUGGAUGUCCUCGAGUACAAACGUCUUCUAAAGUCUAACUAUUGA